ACUUGAUUUAGUACUUCCACAAGUACCUAAGGUUCUAAUUGUCUUGGUUUAAUUGUUAUAUAGGAUGAUAAUCUGGCUCUCAGCGACGGUAUUAGUAUUAAUAAUAAUCCAGUUUUACUGGUCCAGACGACAUCUUUAUGCAGCUGCUGCAAAGAUGAAGGGUCCCAAAGGUUUGCCUAUAUUAGGGAACGCAUUAGCCUUCUUUUGCCGCUCAGAAGAUAUACUAGAUAGAAUCAAGUUCAUAUUCGAGUAUAUUGACAACGAACCCUCUAGAGUCUGGUUGGGUCCGUACCUUCUUAUAUCGUUGAAAAAUCCCGUGCUUUUAGAGGUAAAAAAAACCGAAAUUCAUAUAAAAAACUGGCUGUUGAUUGUAGUUUGGAAUUUCCAGAAAAUUAUGUCGUCGCAAAAAUUUGCCUACAAACACGAAUUGUACGUAUUUCUGGAGAAAUUUGCCGGAGAUGGGCUUAUUAGUGCAUCAGGGUUGAAGCCCAACUACAAAGUCCACAGAAGAAUCAUCCAACCAAUGUUUGAUCUGAAAUUCGUUACAAAAGCCAUGCCAAUUAUUCAUGGUCACAUAAAUAUCUGCAUGAAAAAAUUCAGCGAGCUCGUUCACAAAGAUUUCUUCGACGUAGAAAAAAUUAUUGGUCUUUGUUCCAUAGACAUAAUCGCAGACAUUGUGAUGGGUAAAAAAGCGAAUCUCCAACAAAAAGGCAACACGGGUUUCUGCAAAGUGAAGGAGUUACUGAACAUCGGGUUUACGAGGAUGGUGAAAGUUUGGCUUCAUCCAGAUUUUAUUUACAACUGGCAUCCGUUGAAACGCGAACAAGACGACUCCUUGGCUAGCGUAAAAGGAUUCAUAAAGGAAGCGAUAGGUGACUCGAAAGUAAGAAGAAAAUUGGACAAAUCCGACGAUGAAUUUGUUCCUGUAGUAGACACGUUUUGCAAAUUUUCUGAUGAAAAUCCCGACAUUUUUACAGAAGAGGAUUUAGUUAAUCAUUUAGUUACGUUACUAAGUGCGUCGGAAGAUACGUUUUCAAUAAUAUCAUCGUUUACAUUAUUGUGCUUUGGAAUGUACCCAGAUUAUCAGAAUAAAGCUUAUGAAGAAAUUAAAACAGUCAUUGGCGAAGAAAAUCGUGAAUUAUCUGUAGAAGAUAUUUACAAACUCACUUAUUUAGAUAUGUGCAUUAAAGAUGUGAUGCGAUUGUUUCCUAUAGCUCCAGUAAUUUUGAGAAGAACGAUCGAAGAUUAUCAACUAGACAAAUGGGUGAUUCCCAAGGGCGCAGCAAUAGCAGUUCCGAUAUUUUUCCUGCACAGAGAUCCCGAAUUUUGGGAUAAUCCUGAGCAUUUCCAUCCGGAUCAUUUUCUACCGGAUGUUGCGCAAAAACGCCACCCCUACGCGUUUAUGCCCUUCAGUGCCGGACCUAGAGGUUGCAUAGGAAAAACACUGGCGAAUAUGGAAAUUAAAAUGUUUUUGGUAAAUUUCCUGCAACGUUUCGAAGUCGAAGCCGAAGGUAAAGUACCCGAUAUAAAAUUGAAAACUGACAUAUCCGUAAGAGCUAAAGAUGGUUACAAUUGCCGUUUGAAAUUGAGAAAAAUCCAAUAAGUACUUUAAUAAAAUAGUAUGAAAAACUAAGCUGUUUUGAAGUUAAUAAAAC